CCAUGGGUUCUGCCAUAGGCAGCGCAGGAGGACGGGGCGCGGCGGGGGACACGGCGGCCGCUGAGGCUCCCGAUCGGUCAACGGCGGCGACGGCAGCGACCGGUCCUCCUCCUUCUUCAACACCUUCCUCCUUCUCUCCUUCCUCCUCUUUCUCUUUCCGGCCGGGUCUCGUCCACUUCCCCUCUCAGCGGUCACAGUCUUACGUGGAGGCAUGAUUUCCCGGCAUUGCAGGGAAAAUAGGGUGCAAGCCCAGAAGCUAUUUCCCCACCACCACUUGUUGAAAAUCUGAUUUGAAAGCCUUCCGGGUUUGAACAACGGAAAGUGCGGGGAUUUGAUGCGUCUCUGGCCUUGCUCUGGGGACCCUUCACUACUAAUUAUCAAGAAAAAAACUGGAAACUAAUCUGAACCUUACUCAAAAUCAGAAUGGAACGAUUUGUAGUAACAGCACCGCCUGCUCGAAACCGUUCUAAGACUGCUUUGUAUGUGACUCCCCUGGAUCGAGUCACUGAGUUUGGAGGUGAGCUUCAUGAAGAUGGAGGAAAACUCUUCUGUACUUCUUGCAAUGUGGUUCUGAAUCACGUUCGCAAGUCUGCUAUUAGUGACCACCUCAAGUCAAAGACUCAUACCAAAAGAAAGGCAGAAUUUGAAGAGCAGAAUGUGAGAAAGAAGCAGAGGCCCCUAACUGCAUCUCUUCAGUGCAACAGUACUGCGCAAACAGAAAAAGUCAGUGUUAUCCAGGACUUUGUGAAAAUGUGCCUGGAAGCCAACAUCCCUCUCGAGAAGGCUGACCACCCAGCAGUACGUGCUUUCCUGACUCGCCAUGUGAAGAAUGGAGGCUCCAUACCUAAGUCAGACCAACUGCGGAGAGCUUAUCUGCCUGAUGGCUAUGAGAAUGAGAAUCAGCUCCUCAACUCACAGGAUUGUUGACAAGGAGGUUACCACCGUUGUGAUCAAGAUAAAUAAUGUGGAGUAUUAAAGUUAUGUGUUGAUUGUGUGGUUCAUUUUUAUAUUUAUUUCAUUUAAAAUCAUGUAAUGCAGAGUAGUUUUGCAUUGUGUAUAUAGUUGCAGCAAAAAAAAAUCUUCACUGCAGAACUUGUUAAUUUUAGUCACCAGUGGUUUAAGUAAAACUUUAGAUAUAGAGUGUGCUAGGAUACUUGAAACCUGAUGGUUAUAUUUAAAAUUGAUAGGUUUUCUCCUGGGAUGUUCGUGCAUGGAAAAUAAUUCCAUGCUUUUUUUUAGCCCUGUUGCCAUGUAUGAUUAUUCCUUGUGAGAUUACUUAAUUAUCUGGAUUGAAGACCAGUCUAGAAAAUUGUAGCUGCUGCCAGGCAACACCACUCAGAAUAAUUUAAAGGAAUUAUUCUGAUUAGAGGAUCCUUUUCAAAAUGGAAGAGGUGGUGAGAAACUUAUUACAUCUGGAGAUCCCUAGCGGAAAUGACUUUAUUUCAAAGUAUGUUUUAUUUGAAAUAGUUACCUAGCCUAUCCUUCAAUUCUUCACUGUUUUUUCCUCUUCUUUAAAGUUUUUCUGUUUUAUUUAAUAGCAGCUUCAAGUGACCAACUAAAUCUUUUAAUGUUAGUGCCAAUAGCCACAGGGAAUUUUGCGGUGACAAGAUUUGAGUUUCUUACUAUGUAUACAAAGUUUUGAAAUAUGGCUUUCAUUUUAAACAUUUUCUUGAAUAUGCAAUUUUUAAGUGUCUUUGUGUUACUUCCAGACUGACACAUUAAACAGACAUUUUAUGGUUGAGUUUUCUCUUUUUAUAGAGAGUUAGUUACUGUUUGGCUAACAGAUCAAAUAGGAAAUUUCUAUACAUUAAUUUUUUAAUAAGAUUUUGUAAGAAUAGAUAAAUAGAAACUUCUUUCACUUUUGUCUGUUUUGUUUCUAGCAAGGCCUAUGGUGGAGGUCUGGCAGUGUGUUGCAUAGUUAUUUGGCUAAAGUUAUUUGGCUAAGAAAACAGCAAGUUCUGUUUAGGUCAACCAUGUUCAGAAAAUUAUCUGAACCCAGUGUCCCAUAAGGUUAUCAAGGUAGUUUGCCCAGCUAGGUCCUCUCCAUAAGAAACCUAGGUUAUAUUUAAGAAAUUUAACAGCUAAAACUUGGAUAAGAUCUUUAAUUUAAAAAAAAAAAUUACAUGAGAGCAUUUGAGUAGAAAAAUAGUUAUAUUUCUGUUACAGAGGGUGAUAAAUGAUACCCUAUGUGACUCAGAGUUAAUUUUUAGGUCAUUUUAACACAAAUCUUUAUUUAAAAACCAAAGUAAAAGAAAGAAAAUGCAAUUCAUACAACUUUCCUUAAGUGUCUUAUAGACUUAAGUUCCUAUUCAAGUCAGAGGGAUCACCUGGUUUUAGAUUUUCUUAACAUUUAAAAGCCUGCUACCAAAAAAAAAAAAAAUCAUCAAGAUUUGAACUUCCAAUUUUUCAUAUAUGGUUAUGUUAUAGUAGCACAGUAAAUGUCCAGAGUAACACUCAUUGGUAAAGCACACAGGAGACCAGGAAGACAACCAAACUGUUUUGCUUUUCUCUAGGAAAGAAUUUGCAGGCAACCAUGUUUAGAUUUGAUUACCUAAGAUGAUAGAAGAUCAAAGAAGCUAGGAAAAUAACUGGGUUUUCAGAAUACAAAAAUAAAGUUAGGUAUACAAUCUAGUUUGAAAUUCUUGAUUCAGACUGCUCCCUAUUUUUGGAUAGUAAUGUGUUCUACCAGUAAACAUGUGAUGAGAGCUUUUAGUAGACCAGUAAAAACAAACAUUUGUAUUUCUGGUAGUUACUAAUGAUUUAAUGAUCCUUUAGGUCUUACAUGUAUUUAGAUGCGUUUUUCCAGGCUCUUAUUUCCAUAUUUACAUUAUCUAGUAUUAUAAUCCAUUCUGUUAGGAUUCUAUCAUGUCCUUAGGAGAGUUUUCCAUCCUGUUGGGUUAAUACUAUUUCUUUACUGAUUAUGAAACAUUGGUUUCCUGAAACUGGUUAACUUUGUCUCAUAAAUGAGACAAUGAUUGUUUUAGCCUGCUCAAACUGGUAUAAGUCCCUGAAACCAUGAUUGGCAUAUGUUAGAUAACCAAUGGAAAUACCUAAGAGGCAUAUACUGCUUUGGAGGUAGAGUGGACACAUGUAUAGAAACUUUAAAUCUUAAAAUAUAUAGUGUUAGUGUGAUGCUAUAUCAUUGAAAAAAUAGCUUUUUUUCUACUUUAUAAGUUGUAUGCAUAAACAAGAUUUGUAAUGUUUCAUUUAUAAACUGCUUUCAACACAUGCUUACCUGUUAGUAGUGUUUCUCAAAGUAUAGUAGUGUGUCUUCCAGAAUUUCACUAUAUGCUUACAGUUAAUAGUUCCUAGCUUGUUGAAAUGUUGACUUUCCUGUUGGUUUCUUUUUGAUUAUAUGGGUGCAUAUAGCAAGCCUGAAGGAUGUUGUAAUCAUUUUUUACAGGGUGAAAUUGUAGAUUUUGUAUGAGAACUUACAUAGGUUUUUUUUUUUGGUCCAUUAUCAGGUUAUGGGUUUUUUUUUUUUUUUUUUUUUUUUUGAGGGAUGUGGACUGGUAAUUUUGUUUUUAAACAAAUAUUACUUUCAGUUAAUGUAUUUGGCCCUACCAAAUUUUCAGGGACCAGAAAAAUUUAAAGUUCUACAUUUUAUUGUUGGCCCAAUUAAGUAUUAGCUUGUAAUUUUUCUGAAGUAUUAAUUUGUUAAACACUACUGUAAGUGUACUUGGCGAGAUCGCCAAGCUGAAAGCUCUAUGUUGCCUAAAAGAAUUUGUAUGUUAGUGUUAAUAGAAACACACAUAAGCAGAUUAAUUUAAGGUGGCCCAAAACAAAAGCCACAAUUUGUCAUUUGAUGCUUAGUCUUUGUAAGACCUCUUUACAUUUGACUUAUCUCACCUGACAUUAAAUGAAGACAUCCAUUUUUCAUUCAUUUACCUGGAAGAUUAUUUCUAUAAUUUUUUUGAAAAUCUUUGCCUAAGAUAAUUGCGUUAGCUUCUGGUCAGCACUGAUUAAAAUGUGAAUAGUGAAAUGUCUAUCAUAAAUCUUGGUUUAUCUCACCCCACACUAUCAUAGAUUUCUGAGGUAAAUAAAGCUGUUAUCUAGUUGUAUCCUACUUGUAUCCAAAACUGUAUUAAUUAAAAAUUUACUAUGUUAAUUUUUGUAUUCCUGUGUUUUAUUUUUUUGCUCAUGCAUGUAACAUUAGUAUAAAUGUGUUGCUUUUAAGGUUUUUAAUCUCAGAAAUAAAUUUCAAAAAAUUUUUCUGAA